AUCUCUGGAGGGACUCGAACCCCUGAAAAUGGGCACAUUUUUCUGGGAAAGAGCAGGUCCAGAGCAGGGUCUCGGAAAGGUCCCUGACGCCAAGGCCUGGGUACCACUGCCUUGGGGGCUUCCGCAGCCCCCUCCCCAGUUGCAACAUCUUGUAGGGAGACAAUGUUGCUGAUGAGGUUCCUUCCUUGCCCGCAUUCCUCUCUGCCAGGAGAGAGCCCCUCACUUCCAUCACCCCUCAGGCCUCCCUGUGAACUCGGAGCCAGCAGUGUGGCCCGGCAUGCCUUCAGAAACAGCCCAAGCAGAAAGUGGGGCUGCGGGGUGCCCGCACCUCUCAGUGGUGCACGCAGGGGACAAGGAGCGCCUGUGGAUCCCGCCAGACGCCCCAAGCAGAUGCACCUGGCACCCGGGCAGGCCUGCCACUGACUCCCCGCAUCGCCACACUGGCCUGGCAGAAUCUCCAAAAAUUUUGCCAGAUAUUCUGAGCAACAUCGGGAACACCCCAAUGGUCAGAAUCAACAAGGUCGGGAAGACCGCGGGGCUCAAGUGCGAGCUCUUGGCCAAGUGCGAGUUCUUCAACGCUGGCGGGAGUGUGAAGGACCGCAUCAGCCUACGGAUGGUCGAGGACGCAGAGCGCGCCGGGAUCCUGAAGCCCGGGGACACCAUCAUCGAGCCCACGUCUGGGAACACAGGUGCCCGGCCGGGCGGGCUGGUCCCGGAGCGUGGCCUUAGCCCUGAUGAGCAGCACACGGCCCCGCUCACCCUCCGUAUCGUGCGGACUCCCACCAACGCCAGGUUCGACUCCCCCGAGUCGCACGUGGGGGUGGCGUGGCGGCUGAAGAACGAAAUCCCCAAUUCUCACAUACUAGACCAGUACCGCAAUGCCAGCAACCCUCUGAUGCACUAUGACACCACAGCUGAAGAGAUCUUGCAACAGUGUGAGGGGAAGCUGGACAUGCUGGUGGCUUCGGUGGGCACGGGUGGCACCAUCACGGGCAUUGCCCGGAAGCUGAAGGAGAAGUGUCCCGGGUGCAGAGUCAUCGGGGUGGACCCUGAGGGCUCCAUCCUUGCCCAGCCCGAGGAGCUGAACCGGACCGAGCAGGUGGCCUACGAGGUGGAGGGCAUCGGCUACGACUUCAUCCCCACGGUGCUGGACCGCGCGGUGGUGGACAAGUGGUUCAAGAGCGAUGACGAGGAGGCCUUCGCCUUCGCCCGCAUGCUGAUCGCACAGGAGGGGCUGCUGUGUGGUGGCAGUUCUGGCAGUGCCAUGGCCGUGGCCGUGAAGGCCGCCCAGGAGCUGCAGGAGGGUCAGCGCUGCGUGGUCAUCCUGCCGGACUCAGUGCGGAACUACAUGUCCAAGUUCCUGAGUGACAAGUGGAUGCUGCAGAAGGGCUUCAUGAAGGAGGAGGAGGUCGCGGUGAAGAGGCCCUGGUGGUGGCACCUGCGGGUCCAGGAGCUGAGCCUGUCGGCCCCGCUGACGGUGCUGCCCAGCGUCACCCUGGAGCACACCAUCGCCAUCCUGCGUGAGAAGGGCUUCGACCAGGCGCCCGUGGUCGACGAGUCCGGGGCCAUCCUGGGGAUGGUGACCCUCGGCAACAUGCUGUCCUCUCUGCUUGCCGGGAAGGUGCAGCCAGCCGACCAGGUCUGCAGGGUGCUCUACAGGCAGUUCAAGCCGGUCCACCUGACAGACACGCUGGGCACGCUGUCGCACAUCCUGGAGAUGGACCACUUCGCCCUGGUGGUGCACCAGCAGAUCCAGUCACGGGACCAGCCCCGGGCAGGCGUGGUGGGGGGGCCCGCAGACCACAGCCAUGGCGAGCCCAGCGCGCGGCAGAUGGUGUUCGGGGUCGUCACUGCCAUUGACCUGCUCAACUUCGUGGCCGCCCGGGAGCAGGACAGGAAGUGACCGCUGAAGCCCCGAGGCCCACUCUGCCCGUCCGCCCUCCACACGAAGCGGGCACCUGGGGUGUCCAGGAUGGGGCCGGUGGGCUCAGUCCCCUUCCCAACGCUGGCUUCUGAAACAGACUUGCUUGUAUCAGCCUCAAGGGGCUUUUCUUUAAGGUGACUUCCUGUACAAUAUUUCACCAAGGGGAUGUUGAGAGAGGACUUGGGCCCAUGCCUAUAAUCUCAGCUAUUGGAAAGGCUGAGGCAGGAGGAUUCCAAGUUCCAGGUCAGCCUGGGAAAUAGACUGAGACUGUCUCAAAAUAAAAAACAAAAAGGCCGGGUGUACCUCCAUGGUAAAAUGCUCUGGGUGUGAUCCCCGGUAGCUCCCCAACCCUCCAAAAAAGAAGGUGGCCAGGUGGGGUAAACACACAGAGAAGGACAGAGAGAACAGACGGCACCCGAGCAGGUUCCACAAUGGGGGAUGACAGAAAGGGGCUCAGCGAGCCGGGACCAGCUCGGUGCCUGUCCUUGGGCUGUGCUGUCCCUGACGCGGAGUGGGCAGAGUGGCUCUGCAUGUGGAUUGUCACCCAGGUGAAGGCCACGUGACCUGAUACCAAGAGUGCCACAGCGGACAGUACUGGAGUGUAGCACACACAGAAUGCCACACAGGCACACCUGGCCUUCACUGGAGGAGACGAGGCCCACCCCACCAGCCCCUGACCCUGUAACCUCGCUCCCCAGCUGGUUUCUGCCUGAGUUUGCUGUUCUGGGCAUUUCCUAUAAACAGAGUCACAAC